UUCUUCGCGGCGCGUGCGCACAUUGUCGACACCUGGAAGUCGCUGUGGAGCAUUAAAAGAAGUCGCGGCUUCAUUCACUCGUCAUCACAGUGGUGUUCGCCGAUUGUGCUUAUUGCGAUAUGGCGGAGGAGGUGGAUGUUGUGGGUCUGGAAGGCGGCGACGAAGCCGGUCUGAUCGUAAGUGACAACGGAGCCAGUGGUUUCCUGCAUGAUCACUACCUGCAGUCCGCAUGGAGAGCCAACAGUGAAUUCCUCCCGUGGAUGCUGGACAGCUCAAUCAGUGAGGAGAACAAGGCCGUCAUUGAGAACAUGCUGCUUGAAGAAGAAUAUUACCUAACAGGCAGGGGCCUUCCACAAAACAUAAGGCUCCAGGAGAGGAAAGGAGGCGAUAAAGUCAAAAGGUCUCCAGUUAAACCCACCAAUCUUCCUGUGCGCUGGUCUCAAGAGGAAAAGGAGCUUUUUGAAACUGGGCUGACGCAGUUUGGCCGUCGAUGGACCAAGAUCGCUAAGCUGAUUGGAAGCCGAACGGUCCUGCAGGUCAAGAGCUACGCCCGGCAGUACUUCCGAAACAAGGCUAAAUCGGCUUUAAUACCCAAACAGAACAGUAGCUUGGAGGUCCCCCAAGAUGUUGAGAGAGAACUGCCAGACACGCAGCUGAACAUGGUCCGGAUUGAGAGGCUGUCGGAUGAUGAAGAAGUUGACAUCACGGAUGACAGUGAUGGAGAUGGUAGCCAGCAAGCCGCUAAAGUUAAUGACGCCAGUUUGAAGAUGGCCGAUGCAGUCGGCCAGAAGGAUGGAAAGGAGUCCCAGCUACUGAAAGGUCUGAGCUCUUCAUCUGGAGAAGCUGAAUGUCCUGACUUCAGUCCACCAUGCGUCGAAGAGAAGUCUGCAGUAGAGGAGCCUGCUGCGGAGCCUGGCUUUGACUGUCUGUCCAUCAUCACCACCACCACCAGUGGGCAUCUGGAAUAUAAGGUGCACCCAGCACCAAGUCCUGUGAGGAUGGAAAAUGAGCAGACGUGCAAGACUGAAGAAGCAGAUAACAAUCUUGGGAGCGAGUCAGAUGAAGGCGCUGAACAUCAACCUUUUGAUGAGACCCUAGAGGAAGAGGAGAUUCUCAAGCCUCCCGAGAAAGAAAUUGAAAUGGAUCCGGAAACCAUCACCGAAGAAGAGAAGCAGGCAAUUCCUGAGUUUUUUGAGGGACGGCCCUCCAAAACGCCAGAGCGUUACCUCAGAAUCCGGAAUUACAUCCUGGAGCAAUGGAAAAAAUGUCACCCUAAAUACCUCAAUAAAACGUCCGUGAGGCCAGGCCUGAAGAACUGUGGGGACGUCAACUGUAUCGGACGGAUCCACACCUAUUUGGAGCUCAUAGGAGCCAUCAACUUUGGAUGUGAACAAGCCGUGUAUAACCGGCCAAGAAUUGUGGACAAAGUGCGCUUCAGAGAAGGUGGGGACACCCUGGAGGCUUUCCAGCUGGCUCAGCGGUUGCAGUCCAUGCGCACAAGAAAGCGGCGUGUCCGAGACGUGUGGGGCAACUGGUGUGACGCCAAGGACCUGGAAGGACAGACGUUUGAGCAUCUUACAGCUGAAGAACUGGCAAAGAGAAGAGAAGAGGAGCCCAAAAGGUUUCCCAGGCCUCCCAAACAUGCACGCCAAGCCAAAAACUCUUUCGACCCUUUCCAGUUAAUUCCCUGUCAGUCGUUUGGUGAAGAGACCCAGGAGCCCUUCCAGGUUCUUGUUGCACCAGAGGCUCUUGUGGUGAUGGACAUGCAUUCACAUGUGUCCAUGGGAGAGGUAAUUGGACUCCUUGGAGGCAAAUACUCCGAAUCAGAAAGGAUUUUGAAGAUCAAUGCGGCUGAGCCCUGCCAUAGCCUCAGCACCGGCCUGCAGUGUGAAAUGGAUCCCGUCUCUCAAACCCAGGCAUCGGAGGCACUCGAAAGACGAGGCUACAGCGUCGUUGGUUGGUACCAUUCCCACCCAGCCUUUGAUCCCAACCCUUCCUUGAGAGAUAUCGACACUCAGGCAAAGUUUCAGACGUACUUCACCCGAGGAGGAGCGCAGUUCAUUGGAAUGAUCAUCAGUCCGUAUAAUCCCACAAAUGUCUCGCCUCAUUCUCAGGUGACCUGCCUGAUUGUCAGCGAGGAGCUCAGCCCCACCGCAUCUCAUCGUCUUCCAUUUAAGUUUGAAGUUCAGCCUGCUGCAGCUGAGCCCAACUGGUCUGAGGUUUUGAAGAAGGCGCAGUGGAUCACUGAAAAUUACUCGCUGGCCCAGGGAAGUGUGCCAAUGGAUCGAAUCUUCCAUAAAGCGUCUGACAUGACCUGCUUGGAAAAGAUGCUGAUGUCCAUGAGGAAGUCGCUGGACCCUCUGCUGGAUGUGAAUCUCACGGGGGCCUACUUGGCUCAGAUUGAAAUGCUCUUCAAGUCGUGCUUCACAGCUGAAGGUGACAGUGGGGCUAAAGCAGGCGAGCCUGGCUGUCCAUUGCAGGAGUAGCGGGCUUCUUGACUGUAAAAUACCUUUAUCUUUAUUUAUUUUAUUAUUCUUGUGUUCAGCUGUCUCUAUAUGUACUGUAUAUGGUGUCAUUUGUAAAUUACACUUACCAAUAAAAACCACACAUCGCCUGUCACAGCCCUCUGUAGGCUUCAUUGGGUAACAGUUGUGGUGCCCCCCUCACUGCACUAAUGAAGCUGGUUGAUGGGCCGCCCCCAUACCCAUAAUGCCU